AUGCUUUUGAUCCGUGAGUUCCUUCUACUUACGAUAGUAGUCCAAAUAUGGGGUGAGAAUACAGAGGAGGCACUUCGGUUGAAUGGCCCAUUAUGGGAUGUGAAUGAUCUUUACUCGCGAAUAUCCAACGCUUUUGGUGCAGCGAGUACCACACAAGUGCCCCAAGUAUCACAGGAUAAUGCUGCCAUUAAUUCAGCUUGGGAUAGUUAUUACAACGCCGUUUUGAAAAAAUAUUUAAAUAAAAAGCAAGGAUCUUAUUCUGGUGGUGAGGCCGUUCCACUGGAACCUUUGCCUUUGCCGAUACCUAUUCCAAUGCCGGUUCCCCGACCUCCACGGCCACUAAGGCCUCUGCGACCAAAUCGGCCAAACCGACCAAAACCUAGGCCGACCCGGAAGCCGACAAGAAAAACCACCACCACCCGGCGGACAACAAGAAGGACUACGACCACACGAAGGACCUCCACCACUGCAAGAACCACCACAACUGCAUCGCCAGUUGUCUCUAGUGAAGCUCCAAUAUCGUCCUCCACAGAGGCACCCACUUCAACAACCAUUGUACCAACGACUACAGAAUCUUCAACGAAUUCAACCAUCGUACCCAGUUCCACAACUGGAGGAUCGUCCACAACUGGGGGAUCGUCCACAACUGGAGGAUCGUCCACAACUGGAGGGUCAUCAACAACUGGAGGAUCUUCAACAACUGGAGAACCAUCAACAACUGGAGUAAUAUCAGUAUCUUCAAAAAUGAUUAGAAAUACUCUGUUUUUGCAUAAAAACCAGAUGUUCAAUUCGUUGAAUAUUCCCACAGUCCUAAGUCUUGAAGGAUUGGAAACCGACACUGGAAGCCUUCAGCCAGAACAACAACUAACAGUGCAAUCCUCGCCUCAAUCCAUGACCUCGUUGUGCCACAACUACCCACGCCUUUGUGCUCGGCCCGAGGAGGCGCAGUAUGUGCGUCUGACCGAUGGAUUCGGAAAGCCAAUGCUUUUGAUUAUGCCCGGAGGUUCUUCGAUGUCUCACUCAUUCACAACAACUUCCAAACGGCCAAGAACCUCCUUACCGAGACCUACCACAUUCCGACCUUUUCGAAGAAAUACGACACCCAGAAAUAAAUAUGUAUACCGAUUAGUCAAGAAAAAAAGUAAUCAACGAGGUUAAUAUAUUUCUAAUUUAAUAAUAUUUAAAGGUAAUGGAUUAGAUUAGAAUAUGAAGAGGAACAUUUAAGUCCCCUCUGUGGUAUUUUUAAGUAUUUGUGCUCAAACUAUUUUAUUAUCAAGCGGAAUUACUUUUAUUCAAAACAUUGCCGAUUUGGCAAGCUUUCUCUUUUAGAUUUAUGUACGAUAAUAACCUUUAUUUAAUCU